AUGAAACUCAAAAAUCUAUUGGCAAUCUUUUGUUUUCUUCUUGUAGGCUUUCCUGUUGUGUUUGCACUAUGCGGGAAAACUGGUUCCUUUACACCCGGUGAUAAGUAUGAUACAAACCGUCGCCUUCUCCUCUCUACUCUAGCUUCUAAUGUCUCAGCUCGAGGCGACUUCUACAGUAAUUUUAUUGGCCAAGGCUAUGAUCGGGUAUAUAUUCUCGGGAUGUGCAUCAUAGGUGUUGAAUCAAAGGUUUGCUCCGACUGUAUCGACCUUGCUUCUAAAGAAGUGAUAGAAGAAUGUACCAACCAGACAGAUGGCCUCGCUUGGCCCCAAAAUGGGAGAUUUUGUAUAGUGCGUUACUCCAACCGUUCUUUUACUGGAUCAUUCGAGAUCGAACCAAAGUAUACCAUGUACAAUGUUGGCGAUAUCAGAUCCUCGGUAACGAACUUUGCUGAACUGUGGGACGACUUAACAAGUCGUAUGAUAGAUAGAGCUAGUUCAUGGUCAUCUGAACGAAUGAACUACGCAGCUGAAGCAGUUACUUUAACGUCUUUCAGGAAUUUAUACGCGUUAAUGCAAUGCACACCGAUCAUAUCUUUAUCGGAUUGCAACAUCUGUUUAACUGUAAGUGUCAGAGAAUCCCUAGAAUGUUGCAGUGGGAGACAGGGUGGGGUUGUUUUUCGUCCUAACUGUGUUUUCAGGUGGGAAAUAUAUCCCUUUUCUUCGGCCUUUAACAACCUUACUUCGGCAUCUCCAGCUCAACCCCCAAUAUCACUCCCACCUUCAGUAGGCAACAGGAACACCAGAACCAAGGGAGGAAUUAUCGGAAUCGUUAUUGGUCUCGCCUUUGUGAUCAGUGUGAUGCUUGCUCUAGGGUUUGCUCUUCAUAGGAGGAGAAGAACGUAUCAAGGAUUUGCUAGUGAGUCUGCAGAUGAUAUUACAACUUCAGGUUCACUUCAAUUCGAAUUUAAAACUAUUGAAGCUGCAACAAGUAAUUUUCAAAUGACUAACAAGUUAGGUCAUGGUGGAUUUGGCGAAGUCUACAAGGCAUAUUGAAGAUCAUAUGAAUUGACAGGAACGUUCCCCAAUGGAACAGAAGUUGCUGUGAAGAGGCUCUCUAAAAAUUCAGGUCAAGGUGAACAAGAGUUUAAGAACGAGGUGCUUCUUGUAGCUAAGCUCCAACAUAAAAAUCUGGUUAGACUUGUCGGGUUUGUUGUCGAAAGAGAAGAAAGGAUACUUGUGUACGAGUUUGUGCCCAAUAAAAGUCUCGAUUACUUUCUCUUUGACCAUAAAAAGAGGGUUCAGCUGGAUUGGAAAAAACAAUGCAACAUUAUCUGGGGAAUCACUCGUGGCAUUUUAUAUCUUCAUCAAGAUUCACGGCUCACAAUCAUACAUCGUGACCUCAAAGCGAGUAACAUUCUCUUAGAUGCUGAAAUGAACCCAAAAAUCGCGGAUUUUGGAAUGGCAAGAAAUUUUAGAGUGGACCAGACUGAAGAAAAUACAGGAAGAGUAGUUGGAACAUUCGGUUACAUGCCUCCCGAGUAUGUGGCGAAUGGACAGUUCUCGAUGAAAGCUGAUGUCUAUAGUUUCGGAGUAUUGGUUCUGGAGAUAAUUGCUGGCAGAAAGAGUAGUAGCUUCCACCAAAUAGAUGGUUCAGUAAGCAACUUGGUCACAUAUGUUUGGAGGCUUUGGAACAACGAAUCAUUCUUGGAGCUCGUAGACCCGGCCAUGGGAGAGAAUUAUGAUAAAGAUGAAGUUAUUAGAUGCAUCCAUAUCGGGUUAUUGUGCGUUCAAGAAAAUCCUACAGAUCGUCCAACCAUGUCUACAAUAUUUCAGAUGUUCACUAAUAUUUCAAUUAUUCUGCCUGUGCCUCAACCACCUGGAUAUGUCUUCAGGGCCAGAUCCGAGCCAAACCCAUUAGCGGAGAGAUUGCAGCCUGGUCCGUUCACCACCGUGUCGUUUGCUUGUUCCAUUGAUGAUGCAUCGAUCACAAGUGUUAAUCCUCGUUGAAAGUAGAGGUUAACAAAAAUAUGUAUAUUCUUUAGUAAGCCAAAACUCUAAGUAGUCACUCAUUAUUAAUGUGCAUAGAGAUUUCACUUUGAUUGGCUAAGACGCGAACAUAUACUUGAAAUCAUCUAAAGAAAAGGGGAAAUGGGAAAGAAGUGUUGUGUAUCAGUCCUCUGUUUCUGGUUUUAAUGGAACUAAAUGAAGAAAAUAAAUAUUUUUGUAUUU